UCACUAAAAGAAUAAAAAAAGCGGAUGCCCCAUACCAAAAAAGGAGGAGGAGUGUUCAUUAGAUUUCAGGCGAACGCCCAAAUGACUGUUCGAGUCCAAUUUACUUCAACCACUCCUCUUCGUUUCGCCUCCAUCUUCAACCUCCGUUCUUCUCCAUUUUCCACUUCCAGGCUCUUGUUUUCCGGACGCCGAAACGUGAUUGGAAUGGACAAAGAAGGAUUCUUACAGCCUGCGGAGGCAGUUGUCGCCGAUUCCGAUUUGCUGAAGAAGAAGCUUGAUGCUUUGCGUUUUUCCGGUCCGCAGAAGCUCCAGGUUAUUGCUGAUUUUGAUGCUACGCUAACGAGGUACUGGAUUGAUGGCUGCCGUGGUCAAACUAGUCAUGGUCUUCUAAAGCAGGGGAAUCCUGAAUAUGAUACUAAGAGGGAUGAACUUUAUAAAUAUUACCAUCCUUUGGAAUAUUCUCCUACAAUUUCGAUAGAAGAGAAAACCAAGCUCAUGGAAGAAUGGUGGGGCAAAAGCCAUUCACUUCUGAUUGAAGGAGGUCUUACGUUUGAUGCAAUAAAGCAAUCAGUUGCUGCUGCCACUAUUGCUUUUAGGGAGGGAGUGGUUGAGCUGUUUGAACUUCUAGAGGAAAAGGGUGUUCCUGUUCUUAUAUUUUCAGCAGGCCUUGCUGACAUUAUAGAGGAGGUCCUGAGGCAGAAACUUCACAGAUCUUUCAAAAAUAUUAGGAUCGUUUCAAAUAGAAUGGUGUUUGAUGAUAAUGGUUGCCUUGUAUCAUUUAAGGGCAAGACGAUUCAUAGUCUAAAUAAAAAUGAGCAUGCUCUUGAUAUGGCUGCUCCUCUGCAUGACCAAUUGGGUGAUGUAGAUGGUGCAAUUAAUGACAGCGCUUCUGUAAGAAAACGGACAAAUGUACUUCUUCUUGGUGACCACAUUGGGGAUUUGGGGAUGUCAGACGGUUUAAACUAUGACACUCGGAUAUCCGUGGGAUUUUUGAAUGACAACAUCGAGAACUCUCUUGAUAGCUAUCGUAAUGCCUUUGAUAUUGUUUACCUGAAUGAUGCAUCCAUGCUGGGAGUGGUUAAACUUGUACGUCAGCUCUUUCCCGUUUGAGGUGUCUGAUGGACAGAUCUCUUUUGUAUAGUUAAUGAAGUCGUUGGUGAAGGGGUGUCGAUGAACUCAAGCCGUUCUUCUUCACAUCUUCCAGCAAUUCCCUGAUUGGAAUUGCGGCAAGAAAGCUCUUAAUGUACUCCUGGCAGCACUCCUUCCCUGUGCAUUCAGCCUCUUCCUUUAUAUUACUACCAUUUCCUGACUCAUCUUUCUUCUCAGUCGAAGCUUCUUUCAGGCCACCCGUUGGUUUUGAUGUUGAAUCGCUUGGUUGCAUGACAUCCAUGGAUGGGUUUUCCCCCAAAAUCUCUGGUUUGCUUGCUUGUGACACAUUGGUGGAUGGUUCCACCUGUGAGAUCUCUGUGCUCUUUGAUUGACUUGUCUUAAUAAUGCUGCUUUUCUCCUUUGAUGGCUCUGAAGUCUUUGGUUGUUUUGUGUCAAUGGAGGUUUUCUCCUCUGAUGGGCCUGUGCUCUUUGAUGAUUCCUUUGUGUUGUUGGAGCUUUCCUCCUCUGUUUCCUUUGUGUUGUUUGGUAAUCUAUGAAUUACUGUCUCCUUGUCAAAUUUCAGAAUGUAUGCCUGGUUGCACCCCUCGUAAAGCCGCUCGCCCAAGGUGUCUAUGAUGUAGUAAGCAUCCUUGUCAACUUUCAAGAUGAAGAAGUGGUCAUUCCAACUCACUAUGUAAACUAUUGAUUCGCCUGCAUCUGCUGCUUGGAGGUUGAUUUCAUCCCAUAUGGUGUCAAAAGACAUAGCGCCUUUAAGGAACUCAAAGACACCCUCUUCUUCCAACCCUUCUGGGUGGAAGAAUCCAACAUACGACUUCUCUGCAACAACGGAUAGCGGUCGGAUUUUUGCAUCAAUUACUGUGUCGAGAUCAAAGUGUUUAUCAGAGAACUGCUCCAUGUAGUCUUUAUUUUCACAAAGGUUUCUCCAUUCUGCUGAUCCAUCUCUGAUCAAGUUGUCCAACUCAGACUUGAUGGGCAUUUCAUCUUGGUUGGAUAGCAACCAAUCAGCAAUAACAGCAACUAGAGCUGUGCAGGCACUUUCCCCUGAAGCACGUUCGCUUCUUUGAUCAAUAGAGGCAAAGAAGACUUCAGUUUUGAUCUUCAAGCACCCGUCACGGCAGGUUACCUCUUUCUGCUCCCAAGUACCCACAGCAAAGUUAUCAUCUCCAAAUGCAGCCGCUGAUAAGUCUAGGUUAUACCACUGCACAGAAGAAGGAUGAGAAAAACCAAAGCAUAACAAGUAAUGCAAGAGAAAAAAUGACGUUCAAGUCUUCAGAAUAUACCCAAGAGAAAAGCUCAUUUGUGCUGAGCUGCCUACGGUCAAAGUCGAUAUCAUCUCCACCAUCUUCACCAUAAUGUUUCUUCAAAAGAGGCUCUCCUUUAACUUUGAGCGAUUUGAAGCUCAACUUCCUCUUCCUCCACGACAAGAUUUUGCGCAUCGAGUUCUGCUGCAUAGUUUGUGAACAGUCACUAUCAACCUCUAAACACCCUGCACCAUUACCACAAUAGAUCCAAUAUUCAUCUUCUCCAUUGUCGUUCUUCAUCCAAGGGAGAAGCAAUCGGUUAGCAUGGGCUAGUUUCUCAUAACCAAAUGGCUGCCUAACACACGAACCCUCAUUCCCACUAUCAUCUAGCGAAUCCGAAUCAAGUGAAGAACUUUGAGUAGAAUCCUUAUCUUUAAUAUAAAACCUAUUAACAGUAGCAAUAUCUUCUUCAUGGAAUA